AUGAUAGGUGGACUUUUACCUGGAGUUAAACAAAUUGCUAAUGUAGCUGCGUCACCUGGCAUUGUUCAUAAAUCUAUAUUACUUCCAGAUGUACACUCUGGUUAUGGAUUUGCUAUAGGAAAUAUAGCUGCAUUUGAUAUGGAUGAUCCUCAAUCUAUUGUUUCAAAUGGUGCUGUAGGAUUUGACAUUAAUUGUUUUGUACGAUAA